AUGCUCAAGAUGCAGAGAGAUUCGAAUUUCAACCACCAUGCCAAAUGUGAUAAACUCUACCUCACUAAUCUGAAUUUUGUAGACGAUGUCCUUCUGUUUUAUAGAGGAGAUGCCAAAUCAGUAGAGAUAAUGAUGGAUGCCUUCAGGAGGUUUUCUGAAUCAAUGGGGCUUAUAUCCAAUCCCUCCAAGUGUAUAAUGUAUUUUGGAGAUGUGGAUAAUGGCAUGAAGGAGAUUUUGAGAGGGGUUACUGAAUUUGAAGAGGGAUCACUUCCAGUCAAAUAUCUUGGAGUCCCUCUUACCAGCAAGAAGCUUACCAUUCACCAUUAUAAGCCUCUAGUGAAGAAGAUUUGCUUUCCAAUACACAAGUAUGAGAUCAAAAAGAUUGAUGCUAUUCGUAGGACCUUCAUCUGGACUGGUAAACAUGAGCCUAGCAUAAAAACCUUUGUUGCAUGGAAGAGAGAAAUCUGA